AUGUCGCAGCCGAGCCAACAGAAGAAGUUCGGAAAGUCGACCCGGGAGGUCCCUCACCACUCCCAGAAGGCCCAGAAGUGGUACCCUGCCGACGAUGACUCUCAGCCCAAGACCGUCCGCAAGGCCAUCCGCGCCUGGGCUCCUCGGGAGUCUCUCCAGCCCGGUACCGUCCUGAUCCUCUUGGCCGGCCGCUUCCGGGGCAAGCGCGUUGUCCUCCUGAAGAACCUCGAGCAGGGUGUUCUGCUCGUCACCGGUCCCUUCAAGAUCAACGGUGUGCCCAUCCGGAGAGUCAACGCCAGAUACGUCAUCGCCACCUCCUACAAGAUUGACGUCUCCGGCCUCGACGAGAAGAAGAUCAGCGAGAUUGCCGAGUCCAAGUACUUUGCCCGCGACAAGACCAGCGACAAGGCCACCGAGGACGCUUUCUUCAAGCAGGGCGAGAAGCCCCAGAAGAAGGAGAUCAGCAGCAGCCGCGCCGCCGACCAGAAGGCCGUCGACAAGGUUCUGAUUGCCAGCAUCAAGAAGGUCGACCUCCUCGCCAGCUACCUCUCCAGCUCCUUCAGCCUGCGCAAGGGUGACAAGCCCCACGAGAUGAAGUGGUAG